CUUAAGACCGUUUUUCAUACAAUUUAAGACGUUUAGUUUCAUCUUGUGUAAAAACUAAAAUGGUUUGGGUUAAUUUGGGUUAAAAGUGUGCUCCAUUUACUGCAGAUGUUACUGAAUAACUUCAUAUUAGCAGAUAUGUCUUAUCCAAAGAGAACUUCUGACAAAGGGGUCAAUCUCCUGGAUUAAAUGUCUUGCUCAAGGACACAAUGCUGAGUCUUCUUUGACACUACAGCUGAAUAAAUAACUUUGACUGCACCAAAUUUGGAGUCUGAAGAUGAAGUUUGUCAUUUGUACGUCAUAGUGGCUCCAAGUAAUAAUGUCUGUCGCUGAAUGAAAUUCUCUUGAGUACUAACUAUACUAUACAAACUAUUUUUUAGACAUUAAGGUUACGAAGUCUGAUCUGAAUUAGCAUGGCCACAUCUGUACUCACCCAUGUCUUGGCUGGCCUGUUUGGCAUGGGCUCCUGGGUCACCAUCUGUGGUCUGUGGGUGGAGCUGCCUCUCAUCGUUCCACACGUACCUGAGGGUUGGUAUCUUCCCUCUUACAUCUCUGUUAUUGUCCAACUGGCCAAUAUCGGACCUCUGUUUGUCACAUUAAUGCACCGCUUCCGCCCAGGAAAGCUUAACGAGACUGCCGUUAUCUAUUUUAUUGUUGGUUUCGGGAUACUGGCGAGCCUUUUCCUGGCUUUCUUCUGGAGUGAGACGGUAGUGGUGCGAGGCGUAGAGCGCAGUGUUCCUCUGCUGCUCCUCAUCUUCUUCAUCUCAUUAGUGGAUUGCACCUCUUCGGUGACGUUCCUUCCCUUCAUGACGCAGCUCAAGGCGGAGUAUCUCAUGACAUAUUAUGUAGGAGAAGGCCUGAGUGGUCUUGUCCCAGCUUUAGUGGCGAUGGUUCAAGGUGUAGGUGUGAUGGAAUGUGUCAAUGCAUCUCAAAUCCUCAGAUCCAAUGAAACACAACUUAAUGUGUCGGAAAGAGAAACUAAACUUGUGCCUCACUACCAACCGGCUAACUUUUCCGUUGAAGCCUAUUUUUUCAUCCUGGCGGCUAUGAUGGUGGUUUGUUUGGGGGCAUUCUUACUUUUGAACUACCAUCCAGCUGUGGCCCGAGAACGUCCCAAUAACAUAAAUGUAAAUGAAGAUCUCAUAUCAAGUUGGAAAAACAGGAAAUCUGAACAGAAACCAAUGAUGCGUUCUCAAAAGUCUAGUCAGAAACCCAAGAGCAUGUUUGGGACGGGGACACACACAUGGAUGCAAGUCAUAUACAUCUACAUUAUGCUAGCAUGGGUGACCGCUCUGACCAAUACCGGUUUGCCAUCAGUGCAAUCAUACUCUUGUUUACCAUAUGGAGACCAGGCCUAUCACUGGUCAGCAACUAUGGCGAAUGUUGCCAAUCCUAUAGCUUGUUUCAUCAGCAUGUUUUACACUCAAAGGUCCUUAGUGUUGAUGGGAGUUCUCACUUCAAUUGGUUCUCUUAUUGGAUUUUACAUUAUGGGUAUGGCUGUGUUGAGUCCAUGUCCACUGCUAGUUAAUGACACCUCUGGAGCCGUCCUUAUUGUGUUGGCAUGGUUCUUUUUCAUCUUCAUCCUGUCUUAUGUAAAAGUGAUUGUUGCCGUCAUCUUGCGGGAUGAAGGCCACAGCGCCCUUGUGUGGUGUGGAGCUGUAGUGCAGUUGGGCUCGAUGUUGGGGGCGGUGACUAUGUUUCCUUUGGUCAAUAUAUAUGACUUUUUCACCUCUGGUGAGCCAUGUAACACAUAUUGUCUAUGAGAAAAUGUUCUGUAAAUUCUAUAAAAAUUGAUUAUAAUAAUAAUUCUAUCAAUCACGACUUGUGGAACAUAUGUUAAAAAUCGACUGGACUUUUAGUCAGAAAGGAGAUUUGUUUAAUAUAAAAGUGAAGUGGCCAGGUGAUCCAAAGUGCACACACACAGCAGUGCACACACACACCCAGAGCUGUGGGUUAGGGUUUGGUGUCUUGCUCGAGGGUCUCACCUCAGUCAUGACAUUGAAGGUGAAGAGAGUGCUGAUUUUUCACUCCCCCCACCUACAAUCCCUGCCAGACCUGGGACUCGAACCCGUCCAGCUCUCUCUACAUUAGGCCAUUAAAAUAUUUUUAAAUUAAUGUGAAAAAAGCUUUUUUAAUAUUGACUAUGGCUACUAUGCAAAUGUUUUACUAUGUGUGUUAACAAUGUUUGUUAAGUGUUUUAUGCUGAUGUAAAAAAACGAAAUAAAUAAAAAUUGCUCACUUA